AGUUCCCGACAUGCCCUGCCACGGGUGCGCCUGCGUACCGGAGCUACUGCGCCGGGGAGCGGGUUGGUUUAAAACGCUGUGUUAGUUUCAAGGAAACCCGCCCGCCUGUAGCAGUACGGAGCCUCAGGCGGACAGAUGGACUGUAGGGUGCAUAUGGAAACUACAGUGUCCAGACCGGUCCUUUCUCCAACCCACAUCAAUGCUACAGCUUCUGAAACAUUCACAGUACUUCAGCAAAGGAUGAGAAUAGUUGAGGAACAGACCAGUUCACUGAGGGAUGACCUAAUAAUGUUGGAUUUUGGUGAAAAAAGAGGCUAUUUGGAGGCUCCAAACUGUUUAGAAGACCUGGACAGCCAGAAAGUCAUUAGUCCCAUCCAAAAUGAAGCAGUUUGUGCAGGAAAAACAGAUAUUUUAUGGAAGAACUGUGAGUUUCUGGUAAAUCGAAUGUGCCGUCUUGAGAGCCUCAUUCAGUCCUUGAAGAUGAACAUCUUCCGGCUGCAAACUGAAAAGGAUUUGAAUCCUCAGAAAACAGCUUUUCUGAAAGAUCGACUGAAUACAGUACAGGAAGAGCAUUCUAAGGACCUGAAGCUGUUGCAUCUUGAAGUUAUGAAUUUGCGCCAGCAACUGAGAGCUGUAAAAGAGGAAGAAGACAAGGCACAAGAUGAGGUGCAAAGGUUGACUGCCACUCUGGAGAUUGCCUCGCAAACAAAGAAGAAUGCAGCCAUUGUUGAAGAGGAACUGAAGACCACAAAACGUAAAAUGAACCUUAAAAUUCAAGAGCUAAGGAGACAACUGGCUCAGGAGAAGUACCUUAGGGAAUCUUUAGAGAAAUCAGCAUCAGCCAUGCUCCUCAAAAUACAAGAAAUGGGAUCAGCAGUGGAGGUAGAACGAAAACAGGUGUACAUUUUGCAGCAAAACUGCAUUGCUCUACAUGAUUCUAUACAGAGCACUCAAGAACUACUGGCCCAGGAACAACAAAAAAAAGAAGAGUUGGAGAGUGCUACUUCACAGCUCAAAUCUGAUCUAACUUCUAGAGAUGACCUCAUUUCCAAGUUGGUUGAAGAAAAUAAGAACCUGCAGAUAUCUUUCAACAAGGAACACGAAGAAAAUGCAUAUUUGAGGUCCAAAAUAACGUCUCUUCAUGAAGCAUCAGAAAAAGCACAAGUUUUGAAUGACCAAUUAACUAAAAAGUGUUCAGAGCUGAGCUGCAUUCUUCAGACUGUUACUAUGGAAAAAGCCAGAAUCAUUGCUGACCAUCAGGCCAUUCUGCAGGUAGAGCAGAAAAUGAUGACGCAGACAUUUCAAGAACAAAACUUAUUGCUGGAUGCAGCCCAUGCCAGUAUCACAAAUGAACUACAGACUGUUCAGAAUGAGAAAACCCAACUCCAAGCACAUCUGGAUCAUUUAAUCCUUGAGCAUAACCAGUGUAUCCAGAAAGCACAGGAUGCUGAAAAGAGAACAGCUGUGCAAAAAGAGUUGCUAGAAUCAACUAUUGCAAGAUUGCGAGGUGAAUUGGAAGCAUCAAUGCAAGAGAAGAAGUCUCUGCUAGAGGAGAAAGAAAGAUUUCAGAGGGAGGUUAAUAAAACAGAAAAAGAAAUAGCACAAGAAAGAUGCAAUUUGGAAAAGGAAUUAGCUAAAAACAAGCUUGCCCAACAGAAGGUGGAAAAAAUCUUGGGAAAAAUUACUGAAAGUAAAAAUAAACUGGCCUAUGAAAAGGGAAAACUCCAGAUAAAAGUUAAACAGCUAGAAGAACAAGUACAGUCUUUUACUGACACCAGCUUACAGAAUGAUCAUCUACGCAAGAUGAAUAAGUCUCUACAGACUAAAUAUGCUCAGGUGAAAUCUAUUCUUGAAAGAAGUAAGGAGGAGCUGUCCCGAACAGUGAAGUGUCGUAAUGCGGCCCUGAAAGAGAGUCAGAAGUUGAAAGAAGACCUCGAGGCUGUGGAGGACAGGGAAAACAAGAAGGUGGGAAACUUUCAGCGACAACUGGCAGAAGCUAAAGAAGACAACUGCAAAGUCACAAUCAUGUUGGAGAAUGUGCUGGCUUCUCACAGUAAAAUGCAAGGUGCUCUGGAGAAAGUACAAAUAGAGCUUGGGCGGAGGGAUUCAGAGAUUGCAGGCCUCAAGAAAGAAAGGGAUCUCAAUCAACAGAGGGUGCAGAAGCUAGAAGCUGAAGUGGACCAGUGGCAGGCCAGGAUGCUUGUCAUGGAGGACCAGCACAACAGUGAGACUGAAUCUCUACAAAAAGCUCUAGAUGUAGCUAGAGAAGACAACAGGAAACUUGCUGUGAGUCUGGAACAAGCUCUCCAGACAAAUAAUCAUCUGCAAACAAAGCUAGAUCACAUUCAAGAGCAACUGGAAAGCAAAGAACUUGAGCGACAGAAUUUGGAAACCUUCAAAGACCAGAUGACUGAAGAGUCCAAAGUGGAAGCAGAAUUGCAUGCUGAACGCAUAGAAGCCCUAAGAAAGCAGUUUCAAACUGAGAGAGAAACUGCAAAGAAAGUGGCACAACGGGAAGUGGCUGAGCUGAAGAAAGCCCUUGAUGAAGCUAACUUCAGAUCAGUGGAAGUGUCCCGGACCAACCGAGAGCUGCGACAGAAACUUGCAGAGCUAGAAAAAAUACUAGAAAGUAACAAGGAGAAAAUAAAGAAUCAAAAGACCCAAAUUAAGCUCCACUUGUCAGCUAAGGCGAAUAAUGCUCAGAAUAUAGAAAGGAUGAAGCAAAUAGAAAAAGAAUUGAAGCAAAUGGAGCUAAUUAAGGAUCAAUAUCAGAAAAAAAACUAUGAACAGUCUUUGAGUAUCCAGAGAUUUGUGUGUGAAGUGACUAACCUGCAGAAAGAGAUGCAGAUGUUGGCCAAGAGCCAAUAUGAUGCCUCAGUGCGGAAUAAACAGCAAGAGCUGUGCCUAGAAGCAGAGCGGAAAAUAAGGCAGAAGCUAGAGAAUCGGUGCCAGGAAUUGGAAGAAACUAUCAGACACCUGAAGAAAUGUAAAGAGGCAACAGAGAAUAAGCUGAAAGAAGCCAGUGUGGAAUCAGAACAGAUAACAGCUAACCUAGAAGAAGCCCAUCGCUGGUUUAAACACAGGUUUGAUGGUCUACAACUUGAGCUGACAAAAAACCGGUUGCAGAGGCCUUCUGGGGAAGACAGGUGGCAGGAAAAGGACCAAGAUGUAAAACAUGAUGUCAUGUCCAACCAAUCUGUUCUGCAUCGAUGGGAGAAAAAACAGAAUCUUAGGCCUAUGCCCAAGAAGUAUCAUUCUGAGGUACAGAGGAAGUGAUGUCCUUGACAAGGGAGCUUCUUUAUGUGUAGCUACACUCCAUGAUUCCACGAGCCCAGCAGCCAGGGCUGGCCUGUUUCUAGAGUCAUAAGAACAUGAAGUCUUUGAUGUGGGCUGAAGAUUUUGGACCUGAGUUUAUCAUUUUAUGAACUAUUAUAUCAGUACAAAGCUACCCCGUUGUUUUGUCCCUUUUUGCAUUUUCCACCCAAUAAAUUUAUGUUAAUUUGUUUUCUGAUAGGAGAUGGUGUUCCAUGAUUCUUGUCUGUUUUUCUAAUAAGUAUAAGAAAAAGCUUUUAGCAAGGUUCUAAAUGAUAUUGCCACUAAACGAUAUGAUAUUUUGCUUCAAUGAAACGUCCUCCUCUAACAUGCAGUAGAUAAUCCCUGAAAAUAGAAUUGUGUGAAAAAUGGUAAAGACUCCUCUACUGUCUUGCAGACUGACACACUUCUGUGUUGGGUAAUUACCAGCAUAUCUUUUAAAUGACUAAUAUCUCUAUUCUCAAAUAAGGCAUUUCAGAUAUUAUAUUUACAGCUUCCUUGGUCGUUAAAAAAGUUACAGAAUGCAGCAGUCUGUUCUUCUCAGGGAGACUAUGCCUGACCAACAUAGCUCUUCCUUACUAUAGUUAAGGAAUAAGCUCAUCUUUAUCUUUUUAUUUCAGAUGUUGAGUGGUGGAUUAGGUAAUCCAGAUUUAGCAUAUGUAAAUGGAUGGCAUAAUACCUGACUUAAUUAAUAUUCAAGUAAUCAUAGCUGCUGCUGACAUUAUCAGGACCUAAAUCAAGUAAGCAAUCAGGAAAUUGAAAAUAAUAUCAAAUAUAAGACUGUCAAAGGUUGAUGAGCCUACUACUCAAUAUCUGAUAGAAAAAAACAAAGCUACAUUUAUCACUUACUAUAUAGUAAGGAAUAAUUGUUGUUCAGGCGUAGUCUUCCUUGAGCAGAGCAGACUGUUAAUCUCAUGUAGGUUCUUUGGGAAUAUGGAAUUCAUAUUGACAUCUGUAGAAGUGUAGUUACUGAAGUGAGACUAUUGUUUAUUGAUUCACAUUCAGAAGCAUGUUAAUUGGAGUGGGUCCAUUUCUGUUUGUUUGACUUAAGGAAUAAAGGAGUCUUGCUGGUU